GAGAGGAAGUGUUUCCAUUUGUCACGUUCUCUUAAUUUCUUUCACCACCCCGCUUUCACUCCCGAUGCUUAUUUAUAAACCCCCGUUUUAUCCACCUCUCUCCGCACUCGAAGGGAGACCAAGAACGAUCCAGCCUCAUUUAAAGAAGAGCGAGGGGAACACGAGGAUGGAGGGGAGAGCCAUCAAGAAGUGGAUAGAUGGAGCGAAGCCAGCGAUACUGAUGGUGGUGAUACAGGCAUCGUUCGCUGGAGUGAACGUGCUCUACAAGCUGGCCGCCAACGACGGCAUGAACUUGAGGCUCGUCGUCGCCUACCGCCUUCUCUUCGCCACCGCCUUCAUCUCCCCUCUCGCCCUCUUCUUCGAAAGGAAGAAGAGGCCUAAGUUAACAGGGAUGGUGCUUUUCCAAGCAUUUUGCUGUGGUUUGUUUGGGGGAUCACUGGUACAGAACUUAUACUUGGAAAGCUUAGCACUCACCUCAGCAACUUAUGCUGCGGCCAUGCUCAACCUCGCACCUGCUAUCACAUAUAUCAUGGCCGUUUCCUUUGGGUUGGAAAGGGUGGUAAUAGGAAGGAUUGAAGGGAAGGCCAAAGUGUUGGGGACAUUGAUGGGAAUUGGUGGAGCAAUGGUCCUCACUCUCUACAAAGGAUUUGAGAUCCGGAUGUGGUCGACCCAUGUCGAUCUCUUGCAUCACCACGGUCACCAACCGCAACCGGCCAGCCUCCCUCCGGCCUUCUUGAACCCUGCCGGACAUGGGAGUCAUGUGCUGGGCUCUAUGUUGGCCGUCGGCAGUUGCGUAUGCUACUCUUUGUGGUUGAUACUUCAGACAAAGAUGGCCGAGAGGUACCCAUGCCAUUACUCAAGCACAGCAUUGAUUUCCCUCUUCGGGUCGAUUCAAGCAGUGGGUUUUGCUCUGUGCACAGAGAGAGAUUGGUCUGAGUGGAAGUUGGGCUGGAACAUCAGGCUCCUAACUGUGGCUUACACGGGACUUGUUGCUUCAGGAGUAUGUGUGAGUCUGCUAGGUUGGUGCGUGCACAAGAGAGGACCCUUGUUCGCUUCGGUCUUUACCCCUCUGAUGCUGGUCCUUGUGGCCUUAGCCGGCUCGUUCCUAUUGGAUGAGAAGCUUCACCUUGGAAGCUUACUGGGAGCAGGACUGAUAGUGUGUGGGCUAUAUGUGGUGCUAUGGGGAAAGCGCAAAGAGAUGAGAAGGAUGGACCAACUAGUGAUAGUGCCCUCCAAAAGCAUUACAGAGACCAACUCUUCCAUUCAGAUUGUUAUCACCACCUCCCGUUCCAUUAACAGCAGUAAUGAUAUGGAAAACAACAGUCAUCAUGUAGCGGCUGAUGCUGAUGACAUUCCAAAUCGAGCAUCAUCCAUGGUAAAAGACGGUGUCGCCCGGGAGCUGCCCAAUAAUUGAGGAGGAUGAAGGGAAGAAAAAGCAAAGGUUCAUCAAGUCGGAAAACACAGUACACUCUGUCCGAUGUUCCAUCCAACACAUUGUACAUCUUCUUGACUGCAAUCUUGGGGUUUUUGUUAUCAUAUGUAACUAUUAUAAGUUGUGUAGGCAAUUCUUUCUUUUGGGACUCGAUCCAUUACUAGAUGGGAGAUUACUAGUAGCAGUAUAGCUUGAAUAUGGACUA